ACAAUCUCUAUAAAUCAAUGCCAUUUUUAAUGGAACCUGUUGGGCUGCUAUGUUGCUGUUUUUGUUUAUUAUUAAUAUAUAAGUAAUUACAUAUUAAGAAAAAUUGUUUGCUUUUAUGCUUUGUUAAUUAUUUAAUCAUGGAAGUUACACGAAAGAAUUUCAAAGAGGUGUUGCCUUUGGUUCGUGAUUCAAUACAAGCAGCAGACUUUUUAGCUAUAGAUACUGAAUUCACCGGUCUCAUGAGCGGCCGGGAUGUGUCUAUGUUUGAUUCCCCGCCAGAAUAUUACGCGACUUUAUUGAAUGGGACAGCGGAUUUUUUGUUGAUUCAAUUUGGUUUAUGCACUUUUUAUUGGGAUGAGAAGGAGAAGCAGUAUAUGAAUGAUGCUUACAAUUUUUAUGUUUUCCCGCGCGGUCGACCUGGUCCCGAUAGACUCUUUAUGUGUCAGAGUUCCAGUUUGGAUUUCUUGGCUUCACAGGAUUUUGAUUUCAAUAAGCUCAUCCGAGAAGGUAUAUCAUACAUGACAGAACCGACAGAAGCCAAGCUCAGAGAGGAGCUGACUGAGAAGCAAAAGAAGUCGGCUAAUGAAAAGGAUUGUAUUCCGAUUCCUGAGGAACAUAAAGUGCAGAUUGAUAAUAUUUGCAAGAAAGUGCGUCAUUUCAUAGACUUUGAAAAUGAAGAUGAGAUGGAGAUAGAUCGUUGUAAUGCUUUCAUCCGACGACUGCUGUUUCAAGAGCUCGGCAAGAGAUUUCACAAUGAAGUGUUUGUUGAAAGUAAGAUGCUCGAGAAUAAAAACAGGGUAUUGAAAGUUAGCAAGAUCAAAUGCGGCAGUGACCGCAUGAAUAGAGACGUGCAGAAGAAAAAUGAGGAAUGGGAGCAAUUUGAAGAUGCUGUCGGAUUCUCAAGAGUUGCCAGGAUGAUCAGCCAGUCUGGUAAACUAGUGAUCGGACACAACAUGUUGCUGGACGUGAUGCACACUCUGAACCACUUCUUCCAGCCUCUGCCCACAGAUUAUAAUACCUUUAAGGAAUUCACUCAUUGCAUGUUCCCGAGGAUUCUUGACACCAAGUACAUGUCAAGCCUGCCACCUAUGAGCGAUAAAGUGGAUUCUAGUGUCCUGACUCACUUGCUGGCGACCAUGUCCGAGGCUCCGUUUUCGGUUCCAAAAGCUUUGUGCAAGCCUGGCCGCGGGUACACCCUGGCUGAUGACAAGCAGCACGAGGCGGGCUACGACGCCUAUAUAACCGGCGUUUGUUUCCUCGCUAUGAUCAACCAUUUGGUUCGUAUGAGAGGGGAUCAGCCGGCCCGCCUCCCCCCCUUGGAGGCCGCCAUAUGGAAGCCGUUCAUGAACAAGCUGUAUCUUGCCAAGACCGCACAUCAGGACUCUCCAUACAUAAACCUCACUGGGCCUGAUCCUACACCGACUAGAGACCAUGUAUUUCAUGUGACAUUUCCGAAGGAGUGGAAGAGAAGCGACAUCAGCCAGCUGUUCAGUCCGUUUGGACAAAUAACCGUGCAGUUCUUGAACGACACAACAGCGUUCAUAGCGUUCUCUCGCCGCGACCUCGCCCGCGGCGUCCCCAGAGCCUUCGCCGGCGACCGCCGUGUUACCAUUGUCCCUUAUGUCACCUACAAGAUCCCCAAACUGGUAAAUAAGUCUCACUCAAAUCAGUACCAGUUGGAUCGACGCGAGGAUGACAAAUAUAAGAAAGUUUACACACAUGAAAGUUCAAAUGCGACAUCACCAGGUUACGCACGAAAAGAGACUCAGAAGAGUCGAGAGCGAUCAAACAGCGUCUCAUCUGUACCAGUUGCUAGGAAAAGAACCUCGUCUGGAAUAUUCAAGAUCGAAGAUGUUUGUUCUCCGCCAAAGAAAAUAGAAAAGGAAUUAGCGAAUGAAGAUGAAAAGGACUUAGACGAUGUUAAAAAAAUUGAAAACUCGAACAAUGUGAGCCGCGUCAAUGUUAAUGUGUUCAAAGAGAGCGACAGCUGGGAUUAAGGAAAUAAAUAAAUUGAAAAUU